CUAGAUUUGAAUUUCGAAUGUUGUGACAACCGUUUGCGGCUUGCGGUAUCUAUCAAGGGAAAGGAAACACAAUAUUAUUCUUGUGAUAAUUGACACUAAGUUGUAAAUAUUACUGUACUAAAAUGAAAUCCACACGUGUAAAACCACCUGGUUCAGCUCGUAAACCAAUAGGUCGUCCAAAGGGUAACAAUAUGUUGUCUAAAGAUCCAGUGCAGGUUUAUUGUCGGUUAAGGCCAAUGCAACAUCCCAUAGAUGUGUCAUGUAUGAAAGUUCUAUCGGAUACAACUAUAGCUAUUACUCCACCGGAAUCGGCAGUAAAUUUUCGUAAUACUAGCAAUAAAGAAAUUCAAACAACAUUCAGUUGUGUAUUCACACCAGAUACCACACAAAAGAAAAUCUUUAAUGUAGUUGCUCUUCCAUUAGUCGAAAAUGUUAUUCGUGGUAGAAAUAGUCUUUUGUUCACUUAUGGUGUAACAGGAAGUGGAAAAACAUAUACAAUGACCGGUGAACCACAAGAUGCUGGUAUUAUGCCCCGUUGUCUUGAUGUCAUCUUUAAUAGUAUUGCUAAUUAUCAAACAAAAAAGUUUGUUUUUAAACCAGAUAAAUUAAAUGGCUUCGAUAUACAAAGUGAAGCUGAUGCAAUGCUUGAUAGACAAACUGAACUUCAUGCAGGACUCACAUCUCAUAGAAAUGGAAAAUCAGGCAAACCAAGAAAAGCAGAAAGUGAUGGAGAUAGUAAUCCAAUGAUAACUCGUGAUGUUGAUGAAUCGCAAGUAGUAGCAGUGGAUCAAGACAAUGCAUAUGCAGUGUUUGUUACAUAUGUUGAAAUAUAUAAUAACAGUGUAUAUGAUUUAUUAGAGGAUGAAGACAUUAGAACUAAGACAUUACAGAGUAAAAUAGUCAGAGAAGAUGGGAACAAAAAUAUGUAUGUACAUGCUGUAACAGAAAUUGAAGUAAAAAGUUCAGAAGAAGCAUUUGAGAUAUUUAACCGUGGCCAGCGAAGAAGAAGAGUAGCACAUACUGCUCUUAAUGCAGAAUCUAGCAGAUCACACAGUGUUUUUACCAUUCGUCUUGUACAAGCACCCUUAGAUUGCGAGGGUGAGCAAGUCAUACAAGAUAAACGUGUAAUAUGUAUUACACAAUUGUCCUUGGUAGAUUUGGCUGGCAGUGAGAGAACAAAUAGGACCAAAAAUACAGGACAACGAUUAAGAGAAGCGGGUAAUAUUAAUAAUUCAUUGAUGACUCUUCGAUCAUGUUUGGAAAUUUUGAGAGAGAAUCAAACUCAAGGUACAAAUAAAAUGGUACCCUACAGAGAUUCAAAGCUUACUCACUUAUUUAAGAAUUACUUUGAUGGAGAGGGACAAGUGAGAAUGAUCGUCUGUGUUAACCCAAGAGCAAACGAUUUUGAUGAGACAAUUCAAGUUAUGAAAUUCGCGGAAAUGACACAAGAAGUCCAAGUAGCUAGACCAAUGGUUACUAAAUUAGAUCUCGGUUUUACACCUGGAAGAAGACAGGCAAACAAGUUGUUUAAGGAAGCGCGUAGUAAACUAGAAAAGGAAGGUCGUCCCGAAGCUGCUGAUUUAGAAGUUGACAUAGGACUGGUAUACAGUUUGGGUGGUCCAUUCCCGGAACUGGAAGUUACCUCUCCAUGCAAUGAUCAAAUAAUUACUAACUUAAUGCACUUUUUGGAACAGCGUAUAAAUAAACGGAAUCUACUACGUGCUGAUUUACAACAAAAACAAAAUGAUCUUAGGAAAACCUUAAUGUCAAUGGAACAAGAGCAUAUGAAUUUAAAAGUUGAAAAUGCAUCUCUAAAAGCAAUUAAUUCACAACAAAAAAAGAAGGUGUCUGCAUUAGAAGGUCAUCUAUGUAAAAGUGAGGAACAAAUCGAUAGUUUGCUUCGCAAAUUAAAUCACGCGAAUGAUACAAUCCGUGGUUUACAACAAGAGUUAAAAGACAGAGAUAUGGCGUUAAAUCAACGGUUAAUAGAUAAACAGAGAGUAAAACAAAAAUAUAAUACUAAAAUACAAGUGGAAACUGACAAAAUGAAUAGAGAAUUAGAAAUAAAAUUACGUCAACAGCGUGAACAAUUACAGAAUCAAAUGAAGGAAAAGGAUAAUAAAUUGAGAUUGGUAAAGCAAAUUUUAGUGGAUGAUAAUGGUAUCAUUUCUGUACCUAUUACUCCGAAAGUUACGACUAAUAAUUCUGAAACAGUUACAAAAGGAACAGAUGGUCGAUCACGAAGGGACAAGGCAACCGUUUCAAAUCCAAGGCACAGACGUUCACAAAGCGCUGACAGAUGGAUUGAUCACAGACCAGGAGCACUCGUUCCUUUAGGGACAGUUUUACAACCAUUAAUGCGUAGAAGACGCAGCGUUACACGACUCACAGAUCCAAAGGAGAUUACAGAUGGGGCGUCGAGAUAUUGUCUCGUUGCACAAGAACAUGAUACGGAUGGCGAACUUGAAACAAAAUUGUAUAAGGGAGAUAUAUUGCCAACUAGUGGAGGUGGUGCGCAAGUUGUAUUUAAUGACAUGGAAUGUUUGAAACAAUUAUCUCCAAAAGCGCGCAAACGUAGUGGUCCAGCAGACAUAGAUAUACACGAAAUAGGCACGCCAAAUCAUUCAUCUACACUUGUGGAAACACAUUCUAAAAGGCCGCGAGUAGUUAAUUAAUGAAUGUAGGAAUAAUUUGAACUGCUAUAAAACUGAAAGUUUUGUGUAUUACUGGUAUCGAUUUAAUAAUUUAUUUAAUAAUACAGUGUAUGAAUUAAAACAAUGAUAUAUAAAAAGUUAUAUAAUACUUCAUGCAUAAUACUUUGGUAGCAAAAUUGAAUCAUGACUAUGCAAAUAGAAUUUUACAAAAUGUGUACAUUCGCGAUGUUUUUAUAUGUAUUUUACAUAACUUUUAAACCAUAUGUUUGUAGAAUAAAUUCUUCCGUAAUUUGUAAAUAAUAAAUAUAAAUUAUAUUCAUACACUAUAGUUAAUUUAAAGUGUAGCAUUUGCAUGGAAAAAUAAGUAGCUAUGUUUUUAAUCUAUUAACAAAAUUUUCUAUUCGGUGGCAUGUACUAUUAAUGGCAUAAAGUAUUAAAUAGUAAAAUGUACACAUAAAGAGUAAUAUUAAUGUAUCGUGAGAAUUAAAACUUUUAUACCAAAUAUUUAUACACAAUGCAUGAAAAUAUAAAAUUGCACUUACAUGUGUGCUCCUAAAUGUAAGUUAAAGUAUUGUUAUAAACUCCUGGAAGAUUUUUAAUGACUGUAUCAGUAUUGUAUUUAAUUAUAAAUGUUGUCUUCUUAAUUGAUUGUCCAAUUGUGCUAACUGAUGAAGAAAACCGUCGUUUGGUCUUAUAAAACGUCUUGAAUGGACUGUUCUAACGGCAUCAACAGCCAACAUUCCUUUUUUUAUCAUUAGAUAUGCCAAUACACAAGUUGCACUGCGAGACCUUCCUAACACACAGUGUACGAAAGCUUUACCUGUGGAGAAAUUUACAAUAUUAAAGGAUGUAUUUUUUUACUAUAUAUACAUUAUAAUAAUGUAUUAUAAUUACCAUCUGCAGAAACAGCUUCAUCAAUAAAAUCUGCAGCAGUAUAAAAGUAUUUGCUAAUAUCUGUACUGCACAAGUCGGCAAGUGGUAAACCAACAUAUUUUAUUGUUGUAUCUUUAUAAUAAUUAGCAUCAGUAUUUACAAAACCAAAUCUUUUUCCUUCUGCACAAUUAAGUAAAUGUGUUAUACCCAACAUCUGAAGAUACUUUUUAUUUUUUGCCGUAGCACUAUAAAAUAUUAAAUGUAAUUUAUCUUCUGAUAAAGUACUUAUAUAUGACAGAGGUAACAUAAACUAAGUACUUACGUAUCGCCAAUAUAUAUCCCUGGAUAUACUUCAUCGCAAUCAAUAGUUUGUUGGAUACGGUAAUAUUGAGUAUCAUCUUUAUUAGGAUCAAAUCCUGGUAUUGGAUUAUUUUCAGUUUGUGUUUUAUGCAAAGUUUCUAGUAAUAAAUGUUGGGUGGUUUCACCACCAGGUAACUUCUUCUGAAAGUCCUGGCAAUAACAAUUUUAUUAAAUAACAUGAUGAUAUUUUAUAUUUUGAUAUGAAUAUUGAUCCGUGGACAUAUAUUUUGCAAAUAUUUAAACAAAAUUGAAAUAUUACCCGGUCCCUAUCUCUCCAUGUACUUCGCAUCGUGCGUAGCUAAAGUGAACUUAAAAAGAACCCGGGAAAGAAAGCAGUAUUGCCGACCGUACAUAUUUAUUUUUAAAUGUUCUUACGAAAUGUUACACACACUAAAUAUAGUUUCUUAUAUCGUGAGACUGAAAGAAACUUUUGUAAAGCAAUAGGGGAUUUUAACAUUUACAAAUUAAAUAAUAGUAUCUAUAAUAUAUACUUACAUUUCCAAGAUUCCUCUCCAUCGACAGAGGUUAUUUACGAUUUAUUUGCAAAUCGACCUGAACACAAUUGUGAAACGACAGAAUUGUAUAAAAUAUUUAUAUUUGUAGAAGUACAAUUCUGAUUAUGACGCAUCAAUUACAUCACAAGUAUCUGCCAAGUUGAAAUCCUUGUUUAUAUACGAAUCGAGUCAGUCAUACGAAUACAUAGACAGUAUAUUUUACUUGGUUCGUACAAUCGAUGUAUAGGAAAUAUAUAUUGGCAAUUUUCUUUCUUCAAAUUACAUCUUUAGCUCCUAAAAUAUAAUACGCUAUAGAUACGUUCAUGUAUUAAAAAUAUAAAUGUAUACAUGAUGAACAAUA